AUGGCCUUUGCUCGUAGGCUUGCCAUUCUACCUGGAGGCCUGGGUGGACUUGGAUCAAGCAUCGGGCAGAAAUUGCGACAACAGGGCGCUCGCCUUGCAAUUUUAUAUGCUCCCUUCGAGGCCGCACGUCGUGAUCAGCUUCUUGAGGCAGGGUAUGGAAGCAGUACAGACCUUGCUGACAUUCGCACCUACGAGUGUGACAUCACGUCUCCCGAGUCUGUGCAGUCUGCCUUCAAUGCACUGAAUAAGGAUACUGUAUCUCCAGAGACCUCAUCCCUAGAAGAGCGAUCAUUUCCCAGUAUCUUGAUCAACACAGCUGGAUAUGUUUCUCUUAGUGAUAUGGAGAUCACACCACCCGAGGAGACGAUGAAGCAUCUAGCCACUAAUAUAUUCGGACCGAUGCUUUGCUCGCAGGCUUUUGCUCGCCUUUAUUUUGAUGCUUCGAAGGCUGCAGAAAGUUCGACUAGUCCGCCCCCACCGGGUCGGAUUGUUAGUAUUGCGUCGCAGGCCGCUCACGCUGCUCUGCACCGACAUGGGGCUUAUUGUGCUUCCAAGGCUGGUCUCUUAGGUCUGACGCGGAGUAUGGCAUCUGAAUGGGGAGGUCGCGGGAUCACGUCUAAUAGCGUCUCUCCGACCGUGGCGUGGACGGCUCUCGGACAGAAGGCAUGGGGCGAGACCUCUGUGCGAGAGGCAUUUUUGGAGAAUAUUCCGACCGGGAAAUUUGCAUUGCCAGAAGAGGUUGCUGAUUCAGUUCUUUUCCUUUGCCAGGAUUCUAGCGGGAUGAUCAACGGUGCAGACAUUCGGAUUGAUGGUGGAUUUACGAUCCGUUAA